CGCCAGCAUCGGGCUAACUGCCUCGGAGGAAACGGCCGAAAAAAAAAAAAGACGGGGAGGUGCCUGGCGAAUUUUGAUCGCAAUGUCUGUGAGCCAAGCAGAGUUGGUGCAAGCAACAUCAUCGAUCCCAUCCUCGUCAAGCUCAUCCUCGUCGGCAUGCGCGGGCCCAGCGACAGGGAAGGGGAAGCAGCGAGAGGGGUUGCCGACACCCGACACCGGAUCGGACGGCGAGGACGAGAAGGAUGAAGACGCGGACGAAGCAAGGUCGUCGGAUGCUGAGCAAGUGCCCGGGACAUCGCGACGGCAGCAGCAGCGGCGGCGGCGGCAACCACCAUGGCCGCUGUUCACCCCCGAGGAGGAACAGGCUGUCGUACGUAAGCUCGACCGGCGGUUGGUGAUCUUCUUGGCCCUGCUGUAUCUGCUGAGUUUCCUGGACCGGUCGAACAUCGGCAACGCGCGUAUUGCCGGCAUGGACGACGACCUGCAGUCUGUGCCUCCCCGCGACGACUGGUAUGAGUGGUCGCUCGGGGCCUUCUACAUCGCCUACAUCGCCUUCGAGUGGAUGGCGGUGCUCUGGAGCGUCAUCCCCGCGCACGUCUACGUCGCCGCGCUCGUCUUCUCGUGGGGCGUCACGGCUUCCUCGCAGGCCGUGGCCGUCAACUAUCCCAUGCUCGUCUUCCUGCGCUUCCUGCUGGGCAUCGGGGAGGCCGGCUUCACCGGCGUGCCAUACUAUCUGUCCUUCUUCUUCAAGCGCCACGAGCUAGCCUUCAGGACAGCCAUUUUCGUGUCGGCCGCCCCCCUGGCCACCUCCUUCGCCUCUUCCCUCGCCUGGCUGAUCGUCAAGUUCGGUGAAUGCACCCCGAUCGCCCCCUGGCGCCUCCUCUUCCUCGUCGAGGGCUUCCCCUCGCUGCUCGUCGCGGGGCUCGCUUGGCACCUCAUCCCCGACUCGCCGCAGACCGCCCGCUACCUGACGGCGCGAGAAAGGAGAGUCGCGCGGCUGCGCCUCCUCCAGCCCGACGACGACGACGACGACGACGACGACGACGACGAUGCCCCGACUACCGCCGCCCCUUCUUCUUCUUCGACCCUCCGCGACUCCCUCGCGGUCCUGGCCGACCCGGCCGCCUGGCUGACCGCCCUCAUCUUCUUCCUCACCAACAUGGCCUACUCCUCCCUGCCCGUCUUCCUCCCGACCAUCCUGCGCGCCAUGGGCCACUCUCCGCUCGCCGCCCAGGCCCUGUCGGCGCCCCCUUACCUGCUCGCCUUCCUCGCCGUCCUCGCCACCGCCCACGCCUCCGACACCGCCCGCGCCCGCGCCCCGUUCCUCAUCGCCCACGCCCUGGCCUCGGCCGCCGGGUACACCGUCCUGGCGCUCGCCCAUCCUCCUUCUCCCUCGUCCUCGUCCUCCUCCUCCUCUUCCUCUUCCUCGUCGUCGGAGGGCGGCGGCGUCGGAGGCGCGGGCGCGGUGGCAUUGGCGGGACCGGCCAUGCUGGCGGUGCGCUACCUGGCCGUGUACCCGGCCGCGAUCGGCUUCUUCAACGUGGCGGUGCUGACGGUCGCGUGGAGCGUCAACAACAACAACCAGCGCGGCGGCGGCGCGGCCCGGCGGGGCGCCGGCUUCGCCCUGCUGCAGGCCGUCGGCCAGUGCGGGCCCCUCCUCGGCACCCGCCUGUACCCGGACCGCGACGCGCCCUACUACGCCCGCGGCAUGGCCGUCUGCGCCGCCGCCAUGGUCGCCGUCGCCCUCCUGGCUGCCGGCCUGAGGUGGUGGCUCGGCCGGUGGAACCGCCGGUGGGAUCGGGAGGAGCAGGAGCGCGAGCGUGGGCGUGGGCAUGAGCGUGAGCAUGAGGAGGGGGGGGAAGAGGAGGAGCAGGCGCUCGUAGGAGGGCGCGGCGGGAAGAAGAGGGAUAAGGGGUUCCGAUAUAUGCUGUGACAUGCAUGCACCCACUGUCCUCUCUCCCUUUUUUGUUCAUUUCCUUUUA